CUUUACAUUAAACAUAGAUUUUCACGUAUAUCUAUAUUUAACUAUAUUAUUUUAUUAAAUAUAAUUAGAUUCGGCGACGUCGUUUAAGUCUUCCUUGGUUUAGAGUAACUACAAUUGGUAGUGAGAAUCAGCAUGCUCAAUUGUGCGAUUUGGAACGAACGAGAAAGAGAAAGAUGAGAAAGGAAGACACGUGCGAGCGCAUGGAGAACGCUCUGCGAGAGUGCCACCGUCGAAUUCCGGCGGGUCCGAGUCGUGACUCAGCGUGUCGCCACCUUAACCAGGCGUUGGCCUUGUGCCUUGUUUCGUCUGCGUGUCCCGAAGAAUCGGAGGCGGUGCGCACCCUUUGCUCCACCGCCGGCACCGCUCUGAAGCGCCAGCAUUGCCAACAGGCUCAGUUUUCUCUCUCCCUCUGCCUCUCUUCUCACCAACAAUAGCUUAUUCCCUAACCUAAUUUUUGCUACUCAAUUCUGUAUAAAUUUUUGGGAAUUUUUAGUAACGCCUAUUUAUUAUUCAUAUUGAUUUAAAUUUGAUCUGUAUCCGGCGGUGAAUUUAUGUAAGAAGAAAAAUUAUUUGUCAGUGAUAUUUGUUUGAAUUUGCAUGAUUCAAAUAAAAUUGGAGAUAUCUAUGCAGCACAGUUGAAUAAUUUGAAAGCAGUCUCAUAAUUUAUCUGAUUGAAGUACAAUUAGGGGAAGCACUCUAGAACAUAAAAUA